AUGACGGCGCAGUUCGAUAACCUGUCGUGCCAUCACUCCAUCGACGACUUCCGAAACCGCGUCUACUCCACGCUCUACUCCAUGAUCAGCAUCAUGGGCUUCGUCGGCAACGGCGUUGUGCUCUACGUCCUCAUAAAAACGUACCAGCAGAAGACAGCCUUCCAGGUGUACAUGCUGAACCUCGCCGUGUCCGACUUCCUCUGCGUGUGCACCCUGCCCCUGCGCGUCAUCUACUACGUCCACAAAGGCAACUGGUUCUUCAGUGACUUCCUGUGCAGGAUCAGUUCGUACGCGUUGUACGUCAACCUGUAUUGCAGCAUUUUUUUCAUGACUGCAAUGAGCUUCUUCCGUUGCGUGGCCAUCGUUUUUCCAGUCCGGAACAUCAAUUUGGUAAUGGAGAAGAAGGCUAAAUUUGUCUGCAUCGGCAUCUGGAUUUUUGUCACCCUGACAAGCGCUCCCUUUCUGCGAAACGGGACGUACCAAUAUGGCAACAAGACCAAGUGCUUCGAACCCCCAGAAGACUCUCAGAAGACAAAUCUAGUGGUGAUCCUGGAUUUUAUUGCCCUAUUUGUGGGUUUCAUUUUUCCCUUUAUUAUCAUAACUAUCUGCUACAGCAUGAUCAUAAGGACCUUACUGAAAAAUUCUUUGAAGAAGAACCAGGCUAACCGCAAGAAGGCGGUCUGGAUGAUCAUCAUCGUGACGGCCACCUUCCUGGUCAGCUUCACCCCGUACCACGUUCUGCGCACGGUCCACCUCCACGUGCUGCGGCUGAAGAACGCCAGCUGCGAGGACGCCAUAUACCUGCAGAAAUCUGUCGUGAUGACGCUCCCCUUGGCAGCUGCCAACUGCUGCUUUGACCCACUUCUCUAUUUCUUCUCAGGAGGCAACUUUCGGAAGAGGCUUACCACGUUUAGGAAGGCUUCUUCCUCCAGCUUAACGCAAGCCUUCAGGAAAAAGUUCUCCGUGAAAGAGAAAGAUGAGGAACCCUUUGGAGAAAGCCAUAGGGAGAAUGGAAAGUCAACUGUGGCCUCUUCAUAA